AUCUAAACUACACACUAAAAAAUCCUAAAUAUUACUGAUGAUUUAUUUGGAAAACCUGACAUAAUGAUAGAUGACAUAAAUGUAAUGAAGACAUAUAUUUACGUCAUUAUAAACGCAAUCAUUAGAUUGCAAGUGGUUCUUUUAAAAUUCCGUCACUGUAAAUUACUUUUAAUUUUGAGCGUAGUAAUUUUCAGUGCAAUCGUUUGUUUUUUAAACUAGCCACUUACUUUUCAGUGUACAAUGACAUAAAAUUACACGUCCCAACACCUAAACGCCAGCCGCAAAGCGAAGGGGCAUAAGUAAAAUGUCCGUCGUUUGCGCAGGGUGAGUUUGAGUGCUUGAGUGUAAGAAUGAAAAUAGUAUGCAAAUUCUGCGGAAUAUCCGCAGAAAACGUCGAGUUUUUGAUAAAACACAUGCGGUUGCAUAAGAAAGAAUCGAAGUUUGAGUGCCCAUUCGAAAAUUGUGUUGUUUUUUUCAAAUCCUUCGCCGUGUUUGUCCAACACAUCCGGCAGCGCCAUAUUGGACGAAAAAACAGUGUUGAAGUGGAAUGUCCAAUCAUGGAUUGUGAAUUCAUGUCUUCGGACUUCAAACGGAUCACCAAACAUGUUGUGAAACAUAUUUCGGAAGGACAUCCGGUGUUCUGUCCUCUGAAGUGCCGAACCGGAAAACCGUUCGCGACACCCAACUCGUUGAGAAUCCACAACAUGUAUUUUCACCGCAUUGGAGUUCCUCGCAACCUUUCUAGACCGGAUGUGUCCCAGCCGAAAUAUGGGUCGACCGAUCAGGUGUGUGCUCCACAUCCGGAAGUGACAGUGUGCAACACAGAUGUUGAAGAUGUAGGGAAAGCUGACCAAGAAGAGAAGACCGAGAUAGAACAACGGGUUGAGCUGAACAGCAACUUUGAGAUGGUGAUCGGAUCCUUGCUCCUGAAACUGUUAUCGAAGAACCAUGUCACCGACGUAGUGAUUCAAGAAAUAGUAGAUGCUAUGGAUGAGGCGCUAACGAUGGAAAAACAAUUUCUAAAUUUCAAAUGCAAAAGUUUUGCAAGUGAAAACAGUUUGUCAGCAGAAGUCACCGGAAAGUUGAUAAACUCGAUGUGCUCAGAUAACUUGCAGAGCAAUCUCUUUGGACCUAAGGGAAAAUUUCGAUCAAGUUACACAAGGAAAAAGUUUUUUCGUGAAAAUUUUGCUUAUGUUUCACCUGUGCAAAUAUUGUUGCAAAGAGAUGGUGACCACAACAGCUGUUUUUAUUAUUAUGUUCCCAUAUUGCAAACUCUUACUUCUAUGUUGAAUGACGAAAAGAUAUAUGACGCAAUAUUUCGCGAAAAAUUGUCUGUUCCCCAUCACAUGACCGAUUAUACAGAUGGUCUUAAGUAUAAGAACAGCGGUUUCUUCGGUAGAAAGACGUUGAAUCUGUUUUUCUACCAAGAUGCAGCUGAAGUAGUGGUCAAUGCAGUGGGGAAUGCAACUGGCCGACACAAGCUUGAAUGUUGGUACAUGGUAGUAGGUAAUUUGGAUCCCCACUUGCGAUGUCUAACGGAUAAUAUUCAAUUAGUUUUGCUAUGCAAAACAAAGGAUUUUGCUUAUUUUGGCACCGACGCAAUUCUAAGAAGACUAGUUGAGGAUCUAAAAACGCUUGAAAAUUCCGGAAUUAUCGUUAAUGGAGGAGGUUAUGAAGAAAGAAUUUACGGUUCAAUAUUCAUAACGAUGAACGACAACCUUGGAGCUCAUCAACUGGCAGGACUCACUGAAAACUUUUCUAGGAGUUCCUAUUUUUGCCGUUUCUGUUACGUUCAGCAUCAGUCGUUCAAAGAAAACUGUUUUAUGUUGGCUGAACCAAGAACAUCGCAAUCCAGCAGUCAGGAUAUCCAGAUCAUCAUUUGCAACCCAUCAGAGAUACCAUAUCGUGGAGUAAAGGCGCCUUGCAUCCUCAACGAACUUACGUACUUCAACAUGUUUCACUAUGGAUCUGCUCCUUGCAUCGCCCAUGACCUAUUCGAGGGGUGGGUCAACAGUGAUUUAUUUUUGAUUUUCAAAAAACUUGUUAAGUCAAAAUCCAUAUCCACUAACUACUUGCAAGCUAAAAUUAAUGCUAUAUUCAAGCAACUGAAAAUCAAGACUAAAAUAGCUUUGGACUUUUCGAGAAAAAGUAAAACUAUCAAAGCUAAAGCCUGCGACAUCUGGCAUAUUGUGCAAAUAAUCCCUUUCUUGUUUAUUAAAACUACUGUGGACUACAAUAUUCCAGAGAUGUUGAUGUUAUUGUUGAUUAAACAAAUAACUGACAUCAUAACAUCGCCUGUUAUUUCGAAAGACCACGUACAGUUACUUGCAGUACUGAUAAGAGAAUAUUUAGAAUUCAGGUCAGAAAACUUUGAAGCCCCAUUGAAACCAAAACACCACUUCACAAUGCAUUACCCCCAUCUCAUUCUAUGGCUGGGCCCAUUGAUGAGCUAUUGUACUUUGUUCUGUGAACGAAAGCACUGUUUUUUCAAAAGAGCUUUGCGUAGUACACUAAACUUUAAGAAUGUGGUUAAGUUUUGCGCUGAACAUCACCAAUAUUACCAAGGUUUGCUCAACACUAAAAACAAUAGAUUUGAAAAACAAUUUGUUGCUGAAAAAUAUCUGGAAUCAUCUGCAUUUCUGCCGUGCUCAACAACCGAUCUACUAGGAAAAUCAGGUCUUCUGCAUGAUCAGAACUUAUAUGCCGAAGAAGCUGUCUAUUGCGGACAUGACUAUAAGAAAGGACAAUUCUUGUUUCUGAGUCACGAUGAAUACGGUGAAGUAUUUUUCGUUUUAAAAAUACAGUUGUUGAUUUUCGAGCCAAAAACCAACAAUCUAUAUAUCUUCGGAGAAAAGCAAGCCGUGACAAACAUCCAUGAGAAAGGUUUACUUGUGGUUCAACGCGAAGUAUUAGACACUGAAGUGAAGAACAUAGAGACCUUCAUAGAUCGCACCCCACUUGAGACUUACAUUGAAAGCAGUAAGGAAUACCUGUUCAUUAAACACACGAUACCGUUGAUAAACUAGCUCGCAGAAAACCAUGGAAUCCAUCGCAAUUUACAAAAUAUGCGACUCAACCCGACUACGACGCUUUAUCAUACCCUCUUAUGGAACCCUAGCAAGUUUGUUGGAACAAGGUUCAAUAACGCUGGAGAAAAACAUUACUCAAAUAUUGACCGAACAAGACGGAUGCCGAAUAACCACGGAUUUGGUUUUGAAUGUGUUUAAAGAUAACCUUCUUAUGCUUCUGGAAGCAGAAGAAAUGUGGAUGCCUGUCGAAGCUUUGAACCCCGCAAGCGAUAAAACCGGAAUGCAAACUGAUGGUAAGUCACCCUAUUUAUUUGAUAAUGGUAGUUUAAACUGAUCAUGCCCAACUCUAUUUAUACAAUUUUCAUGUACAUAGUUCUGUACAUGUUGUUCAACUCUCAUAAAAAGCAAAGCUAAAUGAUUCUGUUCGAUCGUUUGGACAAAUUUACUAAACAGCAUUUCCCAAACUUGGUUUUCGCGACCACCAAUCGUCUUUUCAGCUCACUUUCCAUUCUCUAUACAUGGUUCUGAAAGGCCGGGUGAUCACAAAAGCGAAGUUUCGAAUAUGAUGAAUAGAAAAAUGUACUAACUAGAAAU